UGUGUGAACACACGAUACGUUAACAUUUAACGAACGUGACAUAAACUACAAUUAAUUUAUAAUUAUGAUUUUACUAUUACGGAGUUGCAUUUUUAGUCAAAGAAAACUUCUCAUACAAGAAGUUGCAUCGUUCAGACGUACAUUUAUGUAUUCUACAAACAACAAUAUCAAGAAAUUUGCACCAUUCUUGCAAGCAAGGCAUUUGUCCAUGAAAAACAAUGAAACUGUUGGUGGAGAACUAAUAUAUACUGGGUCAUUAACAUCAAGAGUUCGUAACCUUAAAUUAGUUUCUAUAAUAACAUCAAUUUUAACAUCAUUCGGUCAACCUAUUAUUUUUUCGAAAAUCAUAAUAGAUGAUAAUUUAAUAGGUAUAGCAGCAUUAUUUGCAGUAAUAAAUUUAGUUAGUAUAGGUACUCCUAUUUUUGUACAUUUAUUAACAAGGAGAUAUGUAAUUACAAUGUAUAAGUCUCAAAAUGAAAAAUAUAUUGCUAAAGUGUAUUCUUUUCUUGGCAGACAGAAACAGAUAAUAUUUACUCCAAAUGAUGUAUCUGAACCUCAACUUGGAGCAUUUACAACUUGCAUUACAAAAGGAAGACCUUUACUUUUCGAUAAAAAAGAUUUUAUAGACCCCAAACAUUAUUUUAUCAUUAUGAGAUAUAAUAAGCCGAUAGACCUUGAAAUCUUGAAAGACUCAAAUGAAACUUCUAUUACUGAACCCUCGAUUAUCAAAAAAAUAAAUGAAGAAAAAUAA